CCGUAACUAACGAUCGUUGAUAAAAAAGUCGGGCGGCAAACGAAUCGGAAACAAAGAACGCUCAAACAUACGGCGUACUUGAAACGUGUUUAUUUAUUUAUGCAGGAGGUUUGAAUAUAAGAUGGCAAUCGGGGAUCAAUUAAAUACUAGUAUAAAAAUCGAACUCGCUAAAUGUUAUCGAUCACAGAUAUUAUCCCCGGGCGAAAUGUUUGCUUGACUUGUGUCGUCACGAAAUUACAUGAUUACAUCCACUUCCGCGCGCUGGCCGUCUAUUACACGAAGAUAUUAUUUCGACUAUCGAGUGUGCGCGAUUCUCUAGCUCGCGUGAUUACAAUUCUGUCGAGCAAGUCGUCAUUAACUUAAUUAUUCAUCUGAGUGGAGCGAAGUCGAGCCGAGGACAAUUUGGUUAUCGCAUUUUAAUAUAAAUCGUAGCGUUAAACCGUAUUCGCGGCCGCGGGGAUCCAGUUACGGUACUUGGCACUCCGCUUUGAAUGCAGCACGAGGCUCAUAAAUAUCGAUGGUUUAAUCAUUAUUGACGGAAAUGGGUGUUAGAGCUGCGGACAAUAUAUUUUACGGAAUGCUUGGAUUACAGAGUACAGCGGCUAUCGCAGUUUGAAUGUAAAUAUCGUGGUAUCAAGCGCGCAGCGUUAUCGCAAAGACGAAAAGCGGACGUCCUUUGUUUGCAUGUGUAUAGAUACUCGGCUUUACGGCGGUGUGAAAUCGAAGCCGCGUGACAUUCAAUCAUCGGAUUUUAUCAAGUAUAGACGUGGCUACGGAAAUGGCGAAACGGCGAAGUAAGAACAAAGCGAGGCGCGUAUUGGUAAGGUUAAAUAGGAAACUGAAUUUGAAAGACGACGAUUGUGAAAAUGUGGACGAAAUAAAAAUGCAAAAUUUUGAAUUUUCCGCCGGUACGGAAAACAUUGAUCAUGACCCUGAGGUGACGGUGCGAGUUACGGAAAAUGGUAAAAUAGAUUUUAAUGACAGUGUAAUAGAUACAAGUGCUGAGGAACUUACGGAAAACCUGCCAGUGGACAAAAAGAGUGUUAAAAAGAGAAAAAUAGAUAAAGAAAGGAGCCCGAAGUUACAUAAAAAUGGUGGCGACGGAAUCGCUAGUGACGAAGUAUUAAUUUUUCCAACAGAAAUCGACGGCGAAACUUGUAUAGACAUUCAGUGCGGCAACAAUGAAGCUUACAUGUUUUUGGGGAAAUUGUGCGUCGGAAGCAGGGGUGCGUGCAUUCAGUUUGACAGUCGCUGGUUGACCCCAAACGAGUUUCAGUCUGUGAGUGGACGAGAAACCGCCAAGGACUGGAAAAGGUCCAUACGUCAUCGGGGCAGAAGCUUGAAACUUUUGAUUAACAAGGGGCUCGUAACAGUUCAGCCUUCGUCGCCGAAAAAGACGAAAACCGAUGUCGAAGUACUCGAAAAUAAAGCGGAAAAAAUAUCACCGAAAUCUGUGGACACAAAGCUAUCCUCCGUAAGCCUGGGAGAUGUCAAAGCUGUGAAGGAAAUCCCCCAGACGGCCCCCGCGGCUAUCGAAACACAAAAUCUUUCACCCAAAAAGCGUGGUCGCAAACCUAAACGCCUGCGAAUCGGUGCACAAGCGCUACUGGCCAAGAAGACCGUCAGUGUAUCCCCGACAGGAUGUGAUAAACCAGGCGAAGUGACGGACGCACCUCUCGCGAUUUCCGGUGCGGAAGGAGAUGCUCAGGACAAACCGGAAACUGGCAGAGAUCCAUGCAGUGGAUCAAUAGAUAAAAGACCUGGUUCAGGCUGCCCCAGUCCCGCGCAGGACGCACGGACGGAUGAAGAGAGACGCCUGGAUGAGUUCGUGAAGUCGCUCCGACUCACCAAGACAACAGCACAGGCGAAGCGUGUCAAUGCACCCACUCUGACAGAAAAUGAAGCGGAAAACCAGCUGUCGAAUCCCAUCGCGGAAACGGCGCUUGGACCCGCGUGCAGUAAGGGUCGGGGGCUUUUGGAUGUGGACCCGGAAAUGCCGGUUCUUCAAAAGGAAGCUGUCGUCAGGUCGCCAUUCGAUUGCGCGAAAAACGACAUUACCGUUAACGUCGAUGCUUUAAACGCCACCGUGACUCCGCCGCCGACGCCACCAAGCGACCGUAUUGAACAAAAGUUACAGGUCAUCGAAGAAGUGAAAUUAGUUGAAACAUUCAAAGCAACGCUUGCUUCGCCUAGCAACGGACUUAAAUUAAAAAUUAAUAGGGAAAAAAUCCAGAAAGAGACAUCCAUCGAUGUCAAGGCGGAAAUAAAAACACUUGACCUUUCUAAGCACAACGUUACAGGCAUCACAAAAGACGCUGUAACCACACCCGAAAGUGCUCGCGAAGUGAACGUUAAACACAAUAUCCAGUCGUUAUUGUUACAAGAUGCUCUGCAGUCGGCAAAGAAAUAUAAAGAGCAGCUGCAACAAAACCGACAAUCGUCCCCGGUAAAAACAACAACAAACUGUGUGAAGCCGGCGCCGGUAGUAAGCGUCAGACCAAACGUGUGUGUUCCGUCGCCGGCACCAGUGUCGUCGGCAAAGAGCAACAACGACGCUGGUUCCCGUCUUAACGGCAUCAACCCAGUGCAUCCUUGGAUGGCCGGGAAACAAGGCAUACCGGAAGUAACGCCUAUUCCGCCAAUGAUGAUGGGGAACCAGCUACCGUCAUUGGAAGACAUGCGGAAGUUGUCGGCGAUGUCUUUUAAGGAAUUCAUGGCAGUAAUGACCUCAAUUUAUGGACCACUUCCGAGCUCGUUCGUCAACAAGGACGCUGCGUUCGCCGCCUUGAAGGAUCUUCAGCAGAAGCACGAUAUGCUGCGUGUCCUCACAAAGGAACAGCAGGCCGGGGAAACCGGCGAACCGGCGGCGGCGUCCUCGUCGGCGCUUCUGUAUCCAAUGAUCACUCAGCAACUGUUACUGGCUAUGACUCAGCAACUUUACAGCAUGUGCAAUUUUUCAGGUGUUUCCGCCGGCAGAAAUCCAAUGUCGCCGAAUAGAGAAACUCGUACAAACGUUCAGAAAUCCGACAGACGUAGUUUAGAUGACACUGCUUACCGCAAUGUUCGGAAAGGUGCUAACGAUCGAGUUGAGCGUUCUCCACGCGCGGACGCAGCUCGUCCGAAUAGUUUAACUAUGGCUGAGAGUCGUCGUAGGAGUGACAUAAAACCAAGUAUUCCAUUUAUGACGGAAACCCGUGUAGGUCAUAUGCAACAAAGUGACGACAGCGCUUACAGAAAGCGCAAACACAUUGAAGUGGACGCAAGUGGAGCUUUAGACUUGUCUAUCAAGAAACCGCGUGUUGAAACAAACAGUUUGCUACAGACCAAUGCAACGGCACAUGUUGACGGUCCAUUGGAUUUCUCAGUGAGACGCGCGGCUCAUGAGCGAUCACAUGCGCAAUCUAAUUCCAUACCAAAUACUGGUACUUUGAGCUCAGCAUACUCUCACACGCAGGCGAUGUAUGAAAAGCAGAUGCAGUUUCAGACUGCGCAUUUUUAUCCAAGUAACGGUUUUGCUAAACCGGCGGCACCUCUCGUUUGCACGUGCGGGCGGAGCGGAAGUGAUGAAAUUACCCUCUAUAGCGUCGACCAAGUGUGCCAACUUCUGAAAUCCAUCGACGGAUGCUCGGUGUAUGUGAAGACAUUCCAAGAACAAGGUAUCAGCGGUCGAAUGCUGCCGUUUCUGACGUCACAGCACCUCACGCGAACCCUCGGCAUGCGAGUCGGGCCAGCAUUGUCCCUUCUUCAGGCCGUCAAACACAAAAUGGACCAACGUCAACUGACGUCGACGUCAAAUCCGUGUGUCGCCUGCCGAUACAGUUCGCACAUUCAGACGCAAAUCCGUUCUUAGCUAUUUUCAGUCUAUGUUUUAACUUGAAAUGCAACUUUGUGUUCUUAUUUAUAAGUGUGUUACAUGUAUAUAGAGUGUACAUUAAUUGGUGUUAAACAGUAUGUUUUUCAUAAAUAUGCUCUCAUGUUCACCCAUGUGGGUUUUUGUUUGUAAACCAGUAGAAAAAGUUCUCUGUCAUGUUAAGAGUUUCAUUCUUUUCUUUGUAACAUGCUUCCUGUAAAGAUGGAAGUUUUGUUAUAGAAUUGUCAAAUAAUGUGUUUUAUGACGUUUGCGCAAGAAUGUGGUUCAAUAUAACAUUACUAAAGCUCAGCACAAUUUUUCUCUGACGAAUUCACAUUGAUAUUUACGUUAGGUGAAAAAACAACUGUCGUAUUCAGGUAUAAAAAAGUAUUAAUUAUCGUUGCAAAAUCGUUGACUGGAUCAUAUCAUCUGUAAUUGUGUUCACGCAAACUGUAAUUUCUCAUACCCGUAAGUUAUUCAUAUCUAUUGUGAUUGUUCAUUGAAGAGAGAGCGUCAUAUUGGCUGUUGAUAUCAUACUAUAAUUUAUAUUGCCAUAAACAAAUGCAAUCGAACGCCAGCAUCCUUAAGUGUGAUGUUAUUGUUGGCGAUGUGUUUCAUCUUCACAUAUGCGUACUGGUAACAUUGAUGUUCACAUGUAUUAUGUUUUAUAUCAUUUAAUCGUUGUGUGUAUUCUACGUUUGUUUCGUCAUGGUGACAUUAAUAUGCUGUGCGUAAACUAUAUGAUCUGUCGAGUGUCGAGAUAUGAGACAAUAAAAUUUUUAAACAUG